AUGAAGGGACCACCUUCUAAAGGGAGGUCCCAGGGAGUGAACCAUGGGCAUGGGUUGGUCGACCUUUCAAAGUUACUGGGGAUAUACGCCGAAACCCACAAUGGCCACCGGGGCGAAUCAUACCCAGGCGCGCACCACCUUGGCCUGGACGAUUUGGACGGGGAUCUGGACGAGGAUGAUGAGGACGAUGACGAAGAAGGUGACGAAGAACUCGCCGCAAGUGGAGACGACGACUACGACAUCUCGUACGAUAGCGCGGAACCGCUAUCCGGCAGUGAUGCGAAUCUGAGGCAUGACAUAUUGACCCCUCACGCGGAAAAGACGAGCCUCGACGAGUUGCCGGCGUCGCCACUAGAUGACAAGAGAAGUUUCAACGAGGCACCCGAAGAACUAUUGGACGUUGGCGAGUACAGACGGCGUGCAAAAGAAGCAGAUAAAGGCAACCGCGAUAAACGCGAAAUAGCUGGUGCCACAAGACAAGGUGUGCCGAUCUUAGCGGAAUCUUACGCCCACCGCAGAAAUCAAACUGAUGGCGAUGAGAGUGCUUACAGACUGCACGAAUCGCUUGUUAAGUACGCGCGACAUGAAGGACCUAUGCUGCAGGGGCGCGGGUGGAACAAAGAUGAUGAAUUUAGACACAACCCAGCCGUGCACGGUCGGAAACGCGUGCCAUCCAACAUGGACUACGCGACACUGGAACGUGAAAUGCCUCCCUGGUUCCCACUACUACAGUUGCACCACGUACCAUGCCAACAUCCAAAGUCUUCGUUCGCAAAUCGAGAGUCAUGA